AUGUGUUAUCGACCAAGCAGGAGGUCAAGAUGAUUGGAUAUUGGCCGAGUUUUGUCAGCGUUUAAAAGAACCGAGGGGAAAUCAACUGGUUAAUAACAGGGAAGGGAAAGCUUCUGGAAGCAACAAGUGAUUGUCAUGAAAGAUUUAAAUCAUCGUGGAUAAUGUGUAAAAAGGGUUUAGUUUUAUCGUUUGUCUCACGAUUGUCACUUCGAAACUUCGUCAUUGCCUACAACAGCAUGGCGUACGAUCUGUUUUCAAUUCCGAUACAACACUAAGAUCGCACUUAGUGCAACCUAAGGAUCCUGUGGAUCCACGAAAACAAGAUGGAGUAGUGUAUAAGAUUCCUUGUGAAUGCGGCAAAGUAUAUAUUGGCGAAACAGGAGGGUGCAUGCAUGAACGGAUUAUAGAGCACGAGAGGGAUAUACGGCUUUCACGAACUCAAACUUCGGCCGUUUCUGAACACGCCAAUAAGAUCGGGCAUUAUUCGCUCUGGGACGAAGUUACGUUUAUUGACCGAGACCCUCACUGGUACUCUCAUAGAGUUAAGGAGGCUAUCCACAUAAGACUUCACCCUAACAACGUCGACAGGUACAGUGGAAUUGAGAUUCCUAAAGCGUGUAUACCUACAAUCAGACAACAUGACUGA